AUGGAGCUCAAAGAAAUACACCGAACAUGUUCCCGUAAACCAAACACUGACCAAUCCAUAGCCAGCUAUGAUCUAUCAGUGUUGAGCCGCUUUCAAAAUCUUUCUUUGUUUGUCGGAAAUCCCGCCCAGAACAUUACAUCCGAUGUACCAAACGCGAGCAGCAGUCAUACAACGCAACACCAACAUGCACUUGACCUGACUGGCUAUCGAAAAAUUCGAUCCGUAGGUCAGGGCUCGUUCGGCACUGCCAUCCUGUACGAGCGGCAGUCCGAUGGGCAACAGGUGGUCAUGAAACAGAUAGCUCUCAGCAAUCUUGCCAAACCAGAGCGCGAAAUGGCCAUGAACGAGGUGGAGGUGUUCUCGAAGCUUCACCAUCCCAACAUCAUAGCCUAUCUCGGUUCGUCCGUGCGUGGCGAUCUGCUGCUGAUCGAAAUGGAGUACGCGGACGGUGGAACGCUCGCACAGAUGCUAGCCGAACGUAACCAGAGCGAACCCCUGCCAGAACGGUUCGUGCUGAACAUGUUUGAACAGCUAACCAGUGCCAUAAGCUACAUGCACUCGCAAAACAUUCUACACCGUGAUUUGAAAACAGCGAACGUGUUUUUGCACGGCAAGGGCACGGUAAAGGUGGGCGACUUUGGUAUUUCCAAAAUCAUGAACACUAACGUGCACGCACAAACGGUGCUGGGCACGCCCUAUUACUUUAGCCCAGAAAUGUGCGAAGGCAAGGAGUAUAAUGAGAAGAGUGACGUUUGGGCGCUGGGAUGUAUUGUUGGGGAAAUGUGCUGCCUGAAGAAAGCAUUCACGGCCACAAACUUGUCCGAGCUGGUAGGCAAGAUCAUGACGGCAGAAUAUGUGCCUCUUCCUACGAAUUAUUCGGAAUCCUUGCGCCACGUUCUGGGGUUAAUGUUUCAAAUCGAUCCGAUCGCACGACCCUCGGCUUCGGAACUGCUACAGUAUUGGAUUCCGUUUAUCUACAGGAAUUUGGGAUCCUCAGAAGGAUUGCAGGCCGAGAGUUUCACUUUGAAUACCAAUAAUUCCGAGCACCUUAAGACCAAACAAGAAAAUAGACAGUCAACUGUAGAAAGUAAUCCCAGCUCAUCUGUGAAUGAAGACGCAUCAACGGCUCUGAUUGAGGCGGAUUUAAACCACAACGCGCCGUCUGAACGUACCGUCCUCUAUCAACUGCAUUCAUUCGGUGCAUCCUCCUCGUUGGCUCCGUUACAUCUACCGCCAACGAUAAGGAUCAAACAGAUAGUAACACGUGGUCAGCAUUUUGUUGCUGUCAUGGAAGAUGGAUCCGUGUACAGUUGGGGAGAAGGAGAUAAGGGACAGCUAGGACACGACGCACUCGAAACGUGGCAUCAUAUCCCCAUGCGAAUCCAUGCGAUCAAACACCGUAAAAUAGUGAGUGCUGCUGUCGGUGAGGGAUAUACGAUUUUCUGCACUGCUUCCGGAACACUUUUGGCCUGCGGUGACAACAGUAACGGUUGUCUUGGCCAAGGAAACAAGGCACCAUUGCUGGUACCGACACAAAUCAACAAGCUGGAGCACAUUCCUAUCGUACAGGUGGCCAGCGGUACCACGCACGUGUUGGCUCUUACUGAGGGAGGCAUCGUGUACAGCUGGGGUACUAGCGGUAAUGGUGCACUAGCGCUUGGCAAGCGCAUUCACGUGGCCCUAGAACCGGAGCGUGUGAUUUUACCACAGCUGGUACAGAACGUUCGGGAAGUGUACGCUGGACCGGACUGUACGAUACUCAUCACACGUCAGGGUGAUUGUUACUGCUGUGGAAGUAAUGCCGGGAAUCGACUUGGUCUUGGACGAAAAGUUACGAGCACUGCUACACUGCGAAAGAUCCAGCUCGAUGCCAACCGUCCGAAGAUAGUUUCGGUCAGUGUGGCAGAAACACACGCGGCCUUUCUGAUCGAAGGCGGAUUUCUGGUAACGCUUGGUGAUAAUACCAACGGACAGCGUGGUGUUGGACAUAAAUGUGAACUGCCUCAACCAUCGAUCGUUCGUCAGCUGCAGACACGAUACGUGUUGAACGUAAAAUGUAGCCAAACAUACACCGUUGCAACGACGGAUGAUAAUUGUGUCCUGCUGUGGGGAACGCGCCUUGGCACACCGGACAGCAAUGAGGAGUCCAGUGGAUCUCGUGGUAGAAAUACUAAUGAGCAGCGACCUUCCUUGGCCACGGUUGCCAACAGCACGACGGCUUUAGCAAACAUUUUAACGUCGCUCUACAAACACGAGACCAUUCUCAAUCCUGCAGACGUACUGGCAUUAUACUCCUCCAAGCAACAGCAAAGCGUAGGAUCGUACGUUAAGCUACUGGACGUGCAUCCGUUGCAGCACAGUAUACUAGUGCUGGUUGAAACCAACUGUCCGCUUGUGUAG